UGGGGUUUACGCACGAUGACAAGCCCGCGAUCGUCGUCUUUGACAGGCAUCGUACAGCGCGGCGAGUUAAGUUCUCUGGGUGACGAAGCUCUAGUGCGGCUACUGAACCAGGAAUUUGCCCCGGAAGUGGAGCGGUUGAAGCGCGUUCCGCGGCGCCAGGGCGAAGGGGAGGAAGGGACGGUCCCGCCUGGCACCAUAAGGGCGAAGAACGGGCGUGACGGAGCGCUACUAACCCCAUCCCGCCUCCUGUUCGGCGAGGAUUUCUGCGAAGUGAACCGGACCAUCACCAACAUUCUCGCGGUCAAGUGGUUGAUGGCCGAUCAAUAUGAUGUGUUCACGGCCCACCAGUCCCCCGCAGUCCGUCUCUCGGUCGGCACUUUCCGGCGGUUUCGUUCCUGUGCAAACCCCAUUCUCACCGAUGCUGAGCAGUUGAUGGCUUUGAUCGUGGCGCUAUUAGUGGGCGACAUUGGCAAGGAUCCUCAGCUGGCCGGCGAUAUUGCCGCCCGCCGCGCAUCUGUGGACACCUACACGAACACGGGCAACCACGACGAGCUUCUCGCCGACGCCGUAGCCCUGAAUCUACUCGACGGACCACUGGAGCUCCUGUCCCCAGCCCGCCGCGAGGAUGUGAUCCUGGGAAUUCACGUCGGAGCCACGCUGAAUAUCCCCCAGCUGAUGCAAGGGGAGAACGUCCCCGGAAGCCUGCAGCGGAUUCUUCGGUUCCAGGGCCACCCCUCAGCCUUUCUUCUGAAAUACAUGGAGAUCAUGUUCGACGUGGCCGGUGCUGCCGCGCACCUGGACGCGCGAGGUGCCACCAGCAUGACAGAGCCGGUGUGUCAGUCCUUCUUGCAGGCCUUCCCCAUUCUCGAGCGGGUGAUCGCGGGCCGCACCUCCCUGCGGGAUGCAUACGAUGAGGUUCUGCAGAACCGCGGCCAGAUCCUGGCGGAUCAGGGCUUCCCGGAUCUGUCGGUCGCAACCUCCGCCUCCGACCGGGCGCUGCUCCGCCUCCUCGCCAUGGGCCGCGUCGCGGAUCGGCGGACCGCCGAGCGGUUUCAGCAGGCGUUUCAUGGUCUGUCCGAUGCAACCCGCGACGCUCUCGUGCGCGGACUCAACGUCGAUGGCUGCGACGAUGACGCCGAUAACGGUCGGCCCGCGGUGGUGCUGUACUACAUGCCGUCCGUGUUCGUGGAGGGGCUGCGCGCCUUGCAUGACGCACCCGAGGAGGAUCAGGUGGCUGGGUUGCAGAGCUUGAUGGGAUUCAUGGCCCGGAAUUUCGAGGCCUCAUCCGAAGACGAGGAUCGGGGAGGGUCGUCUAUCCGGGAGCGCGACGUGUCGCCAGUCAAGGAAAUCGUCUCCAGCCCGCAAUUCCGUGCGAACCCGCAUAUACUGGAUUCGUAUCCGUUGCCGGCGGGUGAAAGCUAUCUGAAUGGAUAGGCUGGUCGUUUCGCUAGGUCGUGUCUGGACGCCAGGUAGACAGGUGUUUCUUUAUACUGGUACAUAAUAAGUAUAUGACAUGAUGUUCCAUUGGUGCUUACUCG